UAGCGGAGACUUUAGAACUAUGUUUAGCAACAAUAGCGGCUACUGGAUCUGUCAAAUAUGACCAAACGGAGUACUUGGCCGUCCAACGAUGAAAAAUCUGAUUUCUGCUACGAGUCGCGACCGUUUUCACUAAAAAACCGAAAUCAUAUGAUUCAACAAUAAAUCAGACGGACUUCUUCAUUUUCAAGUAGUACAACUCAUUACAAGUCGGACGAACUUUUAUUUUUCAAUAACAUAAAUCGAAUAAAUUUUGGUUCUCACCUCUUAACGAACGAGAAUCCUUAUGGAUUUGAAGACGAAUCAUUUUGCAAAAAGAUAAAGCGAGCGGGAAAGAAGGUGUAAUUUUUAUCGACGCGCAGAAUCUAAUAUCGAUUCGCAUCUAUCGUAUAUCUCGAACUCCAAUUCGCUUCGCUCGCAGACACCGCCGGGGUCUUCAUGCGCGCGUUUAACGUUACGAUGUUGUUAGACAUUUAUCGCACCGUUGUCGGACAAUAAGAGACAUGUAUGAACAAGCGGCGAGCAACUGGGCCGUCGGUCUUUACUCCCUGUUCGAUCCGACAAAUUUCCUGCCUUUCGUGCCGCAUUUAUGGAACAAGCAAGUGAUAGUCUCGCGUUAUCCGAGCGAUACGAAGGUACGAGAUACCGAUGUGCUCGUAGGAUAUCUGAUUAUUUUCUGGCUGAUGCUGUAUCUACUGUAUGAAAAAUGUCUUAACUCACUGUUCAGACGUAUGCGUUUUCCACUGAUACAGCGAAACAGGAUAAUCAAGGCGGUAUGGAACUGUGGAUUCUGCUUCGGUAGUAUAUGUUACAUGAUGUCAUCGACUACUCAGAUCUUGAGCAUCGUACCCAAAAAACAGGGAAUGACAUAUCAGGAGUUAGGGGUGGCUCUGCACAAGAGCUUCUACUUUCACCAGGCUGGAAUCGAUAUACUAUGUCAUGGUGCUUGGAUGAAGGGUUGCGCAAACUUACUCUUUGCAUCGUUCAUCUUGAAUCCGUAUCGACAAAAUUAUAGGUGGUGUACAAUUACGAGUACCUUUUUAAUGUACAAAACUAUUGACAUUGUGAUAGUUAAUAUAUGCAGGGUGUUGUUGUGCGUUCUCCAGUCUACUGGAAGACCAGCUUGCAAAAUACUAUUCCUAUUACACUGCCAGAUUUGGAUAUAUUUGUAUUUGUACUUUGUGCCUACAUUUAUGCUCUGGUCAGAGGAAGGUAAAUAUGCAAGGACAGACCCUGGCUUGUGGCUUUGGUUUGCAGCAGAGUGCUUGGAUUCAAUAUGGCUGAAGAUCUUUAGACAUGCAAAGGCUACGCAUUGGCUUGAAAUUUGCUUGUUUCCACCGCCGACGCAAGAAGCGAUCGAAUUGGCAGGCAUCCAUAAGAGGCAUAGAGAGUCUUUGAGGAAAUUUAAUAACAAAACAGCAAAGAAAGCCGAAUUAUGGCAGACGCUAGUUUGUGCGAUGGCGAUCAAGAAGAAAAUCAAGAAGAUUCGUCAAGCGAAGAAUAACAAUACAGAUUUACCGAUGGAAGAUCCCGAAGAAGAAACUGACCUGUUUCGAGCGAAAGUAAGGGAUGAAUUGGCGGAGGAAAAAUAGUUAUUCGUAUCGAAACUAUUUUGAAAAGUAGCAUUUAAUUAGUCUGUUUUUUAUGGCUGCAUUGCCGAACUAAUGCGAUAAAUUGAAGUGAGAGAAGUGUAUGUUUUCUCACUUCAACUUAUAACACCAGUUCAGCAGUGCAGCUAUAAAGAAUAGACCAAAUUACAAAACUCUUAUUAACGACGAGAGACAUCCGAACUUUUACUAAACGAAUUUCUUUGCGUAACGAAAGAGCAUUGUUAAUUGUAUCACGAUGUAUCCGGAGCAUCGAGAUUACGAGUUUUCUUUCACACUAUGUUGUUUCAGCGUGUCGACAAAGCGUAUUAUUCACAGCUAGUAUUAUUCGCUCUAUUGUGAUUCGCACGUGUAUCUAUAUUUGUAUAUAAUUGUAAAUUAGCGGGAGGACGAAUGAAGCGAGCAUAGGAAAUGUACAUCGUAUCUUCUGAUGCGAUGCAAGAACGGCUAGGUGCAUUAACGAAAGACUAUAUCGUGUAGAUUUUUUAUACAAAUUAAGUUUAUUGGAGGAUCUCGUAGACGUAUAUAAAGGUCAAUGCUUUUACAUUAAAAAUCAAUUAAGACGUAUAGAGAAGCCUAUAAGAGCAAAUUAAAGGUAAUUAAAAAUGCGCCAAAGUAAUAAGCAAUCGUUAAGUAUGGUUAACAGAAUUGUACGAAACAAAUGUAUCGGUUCCCUAUUUUGUAUCAUCAGUGUUAGCAGUAACUUAUAAGGGAAAGUUAAUUAUUGUAAUUUCGUUCUUAUUUCUUGGUGCUUCUCACCAUUUCUUAGUAUAUAGUUAGAUGUUCGAAUAUAUUUAUUAUUGUAUCCGACUAAGCAUCUUUCUUACCGCGGCUACACUUAACAAUUUGGAUUAUUUUGGUGUGAAGCACCGUCACAGAAGAUUGUCCAUCCUCGAAGACCCGAUAUCGAGGCAUUUAUUUGUUCAUCUCUGCGUUUCUUACAUUUUUGCGUUGAUUUUCGAGAGAUUUUCCUUUGCAAGUUGCUAUAUUGAAAAUGAUCCAGAAUAGGAUCGAAACGUUUGUUUAAUACAAUUAUAUCCUAUUCUAGCCAUAAGCUUGCUUAUUAUUUUUGCGCAUUUUUAACUAGCGCUUACUCUUUAUAGGCCGUGUACGUCUCGUAGACGUAUAUUGGGCGUUUACGUAGAAAAUUUAUUAUCACGUUUACACGUGUAUUGCUUACGGGACAUCUCGUCGAUUGUAUCGCGUAUGUCGCAGCCUUAAGAAUUUGUAAUUAGCUAGAUGUCUCAACGACAUUAAGGGUCUUAGUAGAAUAUGGCUGACUUGUAAUUUUAAGACAAUAUUCUGCGCCCUUCUUUGUCUAAAUUUUAAGACAAUAUUUUAUGUCCUUUGUCUAAAAUCUUUGCCUAAAUUAUUAUUUUUUUUUUUAUCAAACAGUAGUUCGUCGUCAAUCGCAAACAGAACGGUUUUUUAGUUUAAGACCUCCACAAAGACUCAAGACAUAAAACGUUGUCUAGAAUCGAUAAGGUCGGCCAUUCCGUUAAGGCCCUACGUCUCAACACGGCACUAAAAUCAAAUUAGCGACGCGUUUUCUCGAGACUGCUAUUCGGAAACAGUAUUGUGUAUGAUUAUCUUACUAAUUACUUGACGCCACCCAAAGCACUUAAUGGUUACGCUAGUCAUGACAUUUUAGACUUAAUACGAUAUCCCAUCGUCGAGGUGGUAUUCGAAUCGAACACAUGUUUCUUUCUUUCUGUGCGAUACGAUCACACGUGAAUCCUCGAGGCGGCGGGCUCCAAGUUCCUCAAGCUAUACAGAUGAGAUAGUAAGCCUGUUAAUAAUCAAAAUGUUAUUAAUUACGGAAUACGUUUAUCGCGCAGUUGUUAAUGCAUUGCGUCGACGGGAGCCGUGGUGGAUCGCGCUUUGACGUCAUCGCCAAUUUAUGAGAUAAAGCGAACUCGAGACACGUGAAUACCAUAUUCGCUCAUGAGUGGCAGUAGAUGGAGAAUGCGUAAGGCGAGAGGAUUGCGUUGCACCGUGCAUUGCCGAGUAACGAAAUUAUUAUUAUUAUCGCUGCAAUUUUAGCGGUAACGCCGGCGAGCUACUUAAUUCAUGCACGACUCUCUCGCUCGCAAAGUCGUCAGACGAAAUUCGGCUAUCUUUCGACUCGGGAAAGAGAACAGACUAUUUAAGUCACGUGUCAUUUGUAAACGCGCGCGGAUACGUUGUCUUCGGCUCGUCGGCGAUGCAGAUAUGGUGGUCCUGUUACGUUCCGACCGUUCGGAAAAUGCAAACGCAAAUAAAGACAACGAUAAUCCGUUAGAUAAAUUUAAUCGACCUCAUAGACACAAAAUAUCUCGGGACCACUCAACAAUUACAUCACAUCAUGAGGGGGGAGGUGGGGUUUAUUAAUCUGACGGUCCGUGAUGGUAGGGAGCGGAAUAAAGGCCGUAAAAUGUCACAUUAAAUAGCAUAACUUGUAAACAUGGACGCGCCUGGUUAUCCACUUUGUUUACAUUCAUGACACAUUCGAUUAUAUUUAGUGAGAAUUUUUCAAUUUUGAAUCACGGUUCUGUGUUAAUAAUCCAAAUGUUAAUUUUUUAAUAUCUACUCUUUUAGAGACGUUACUCUUACUAGUAACCAUUAUAAAAUUAUAAAAAGUAAUUAAUUUGAUACUAUGCCUAAAAAUUAUUUGUAGAAAAAAAUAGUAGCGUGCAGUCUAAUAAUUAUUACCCACAAUAUGUUUAUAAGCAAUUUUUUUUCUUAUUCUACGUAUCGGCGGGAGAAAAGGGAUAAUUCCACGCGUCACGUAAUAUUAAAAAAGGAUGUUUCGUGACGAAGUGUGAUGAAGGAGGAGGGGUGGUAAAAAAUACCCAAAUUUCGCACGACACAAUUGUUGGAUGGCCCCUGAUAUUAUUUUACGUCGUACGAGGGUUUUGUCGGUAUGCAUACGAAUGUAUACCUUGUAUCAAAAGGAUUCGCACGUUCUCAUCACUCUCAUCGAUUCACACGUUCAACCAUCGCUGCGCUCGUUGUUCCUAUUGAUCUCUCACGCAUACACACGCAAGUGCGAGUGCAGGCAUUGCUCGUUUGGACGAAGUGAAAAAAAAGUCCCGGCUAAGAGAAUCUCACGGGAAAUUCGUGUUGGCGCGACAACCGCGGUUAGGUGGUUUACCGUAUCCCGGUUAUCGUCGUCCGACACUUGGGAUUAACUUCGCUGGAAUUGGGAAAAUGGAUCGUCGGGGCAACGAUGGCUCUUUCCCGUUGGGCUUGUUUGUUCCCACCCCGCGAAAGACAUUCGUGUGGUGACUCCUGAACGAAGGGUCGAGAUGCGUUGCUCGUGCUUUACUUUGUUUUUUAUUUCGAGAAUAACGUCUCGCGACUUCGAGCGAAGACUUCGGUGCGACGUUCUCGUUACAUCCUCGAGGUAUAAUUCGCAAGUGACGAUUGAAUUACACACGUAUAACCUGUCGUUUAUCGGCAAAAUCAUUGUAUUUCGAUUUCCAAAUGAUAUAUCACGCACACAUUUGUAGGGUUAAUAAAACUCUUACAAAUUACGUUCAUCGGCCGGUAAAUCAUCUAUCCAUAAUGAAAUUUAUUUAAUCGCGCCGAUACAAUCUAUAAGAAGUCUUUCUUUUCAUACUAAAUUAUAUCGAAACGUACAAAGUAUCAAACGACGAUCGAAACUACGCCUCAUAGUCACCGAUUACAUGUGUCCCUUCUCACUAAUUAAAAUUAUCGAUCGUAGUACUCCUCACGUUUUGUCUUUAUUUUUUUUAUUUUUAUUUUUUCGUCCUUUUUUCCUCCUUUUGGCAAGAACGGCGACGCACCGCCGUCGUUAAUUGAAACGAAUCGGAAUUCAACGGUAUACCGGUAGGAAGACGACGAAAUCAUGGUAACGCCACUUAAACAAUCCGUUCUCGCGUGUAUGUGUGUGUGUGUGUGUGUGUGUGUGUGUAUACAUUAUGCGCUCUGUUAAAAUCCGUCAAUAAUAAACGCCCGCGGCACGCGUCGGGUCGGAAUCGGUCGGAAUCAGUUGUUCGUUCAUUCGUUCGUUCGUUCGUUCGGUCGGUCGGUCGGUCGGUCGGUGCGCGGCGCUUGAACGAAUACAAUUACGAAAGUUAUACCCUUAUUACAAACAUAUACACAUUAUGAGCAAUAAAAGUUGAGUCCUCUAAACUUCCUCAUUUUAGGCCCAACCUGUACCUCUGCGUCGUGUAAUCGAUGCAGAUAUUUAGAAUAUUUCACUUUUUAUUUAAGUUUUUUUUUCUUACGAGAGAACACGCACUUUCGUUCUUUGUGAAAAUAUGGCCCCAUUGUUACAGGCUCGAUGUAGUGUUGGGAAAUUGUAGUAUUCCUCUUUAUUUUGUUCCUGAGUCUGCAACAGGCUUCGUACAACUUCGCGCCACUUGCAUCCUUCGUCGGCGUUUUCCUUCCUCCUCUCUUUCUAUUUACCACACUCUCUCUCUCUCUCUCUCUCUCUCUCUCUCUCACAUUCCCAUUUCUUUUUCCUCGAUAAAACAUGUUCCGUCGUAUCCGCACGAACGCGUCUUCCGUACGAAAACAACGGCGCGGCCUAAUUCCCGUCUUGAACGCAGGG